CUCCGCCCACUCUUCCGGAAGAAUCCGUUGAGCAUCAUGGCGCUCGCAAGAAGUGUCUACAAUCUGCUCUUCAGAAGAACGUCAACUUUCGCUAUAACCAUCAUGGUGGGAGCCGUGGUGUUCGAGAGGGUGUUUGAUCAGGCUGGAGAAGCGGUGUUUGACAACAUUAAUAAGGGGAAACUCUGGAAACACAUCAAACACAAUUAUGAACAGAAGGAUGAAGAAUAAUGAUGCAGCUUGUGGAGCAUCAUCCCGCUUCCUGAUGUGACCCUGUCCGAUGGUCCUCUGGCUUUUCCAGUGUCCUGUAGCCGCCGUGUUUCAUCUUCCAGCCGGACUGUCCUGGGGACACAGACAGAGACUUAUUACAGAACCCUGAUAAAAUGUCACGUGACCACUUGUUAUUGUGCGAUAUGUCACAUUCUUCACCAUUUGUAAGUGUGUUGCAAACUUAAUUCUGUGUGAAUAAACCCAGUGACCCAGAA